GACGCUGUGUGCUGCGCUUGACAUACUGCAAGGCGAUAAACACACGUUUCUCGGGUAUCUCCUUCCGACCAUAUACGUACUGAUUCGCAGGCUGGAAUACGAAGGAAUGAAGGGACUGCGAUUCUGCAGGUCUUUAGUUUCUGCUGUUCUUGACGGCAUCGAGAAACGGUUUGGAACCCUCGCUGAUGACAAAGACCUGCUGAUUGCAGCCGCAGUGAUUCCACGUUUCAAGCUGUCAUCGAUUACCGACAAUAUUCAGCGGCACGCUGUCAUGGACCAGAUAAAGAAGAAGCUCUCCGACAUCUCGGAAUCUGCGCCAGCAACGGAGACGCGAUGCCCGCCGAGGGAUUCCUGCACAGAGGAUUUCUUCGCAUUUGCGCAGCACGCCCUUACCACUGCGUCAUCCACCGAAGACCAAGAGCUGAUGGAGUUCAUGGCGCACGACGGAAGAUUAUCCGCUUUCUGCAAUACGGAAAGACUUCCCUCGUGUGCAUGAGCUGUUCCUCCGACUGUACACACCCGUUCCUUGGAGCGCGUCGGUAGAGCGGUUGUUUAGCCUCGCUCCAGAUGUUCUCACAAGGAAGGGGACAAAGAUAACCGAUGCUCAUUUCGAAUAUCAACUAUUGUUAAAAGGGAAUGCUCUAUAAAUUAGAUGAAUAAAGUAUCAGUUUUUAUUUA